AUGUUAAAAAUGGAUCAUAAAAAAAGUAUGCCUCUCAUAAAGAAUGAAGAUGAGCUAUCUAAAUGUAUUGAAAUAUUAAGAACAAAAAGGCAAAACAUACACGAACAAAUAUUAAAGGUACAACAAAAUAAAGAAGAAAACGAUAAAGAGAGAAUACAAAAAGAGAUAGCCUUGUUAAAUGAAAAAUUACAAGAAGUAUGUAAUAGUAUAACUAAAAAAAUGCAAACACGUUUAGAAUAUGAUAGAACGAUUAAAGAGACUUCAUCUGCCUAUACAAAAAUAAGGGAAUCUGCUAAAUCAUUAUUACACAUUUUAAAAAGAGAAGAAACACAUUUGGGUAGUAAAUUAUAUAACGGAACAUCGGAUGAUGAUUAUAAAUCUUUUAAGGAUAUGAGGCACAUACGAAAUUAG